AGUGUGUGUUCCAGCUGUGCUCACAGAGGAAGCGGAAGAGACGACACUUUUCAAGUUUCAAACGCCUGAGGCUGAGGAGCAAAGGAAAACUCUCUCAACCCGCACACACACACACACGCACACACAAACGCGCGCGUGUGUGUGAGCGACGUCUGUGGAUUCUGGGAUCGCCGGCCGUUAUCUCUUUCAUCUGUCUUCAAGUCGUCACGCCACUCCCCACGGCACGAGAGGCAGAACGGAGAGAACCGCGACAGAGGGACGGAGGAGAGGAAGAACAGAACAGAGAGACCCCGGAAGAGAGAGAGAGAGAAAGCAACACGGUGGAGAAGAGAAGAGUUUGAAAGAGACAGAAAGAAAGAAAGAAAGAGACUGAAAGAGAGAGAGAGAGCGAGCGAGAGACACUGAGUUGUCGGAGGAAAAGACUGCUGGUAGGGGGCUGCUGAGUGUGUGUGUGUGUGUGUGUGUGUGUGUGUGUGUGUGUUUGUGUGUGUGUUUGUGUGUGUGCGUGUGUGUGUGUUCAGGAUGGCCCCUCAGGCUGAAGCGCCGAGCGGUAACGACAUCGUGGGCCGCCUGCGGAGCGUGUGCGGAGUGCUGCGUCUCCUCCAGCUGUUGCUAGGCGCCGGCGUCUGGGUGACCAUCGCCGCCAACCGCUACGAGGGCUCCGUCCACUUCGCCCUGCUGGUGGCCGUCCUCUUCUGGCUGCUCACUAUGGCCUCGCUGGCCAUCACCGCCCUCGACCGCCAGAGCCUGGUGCCGCUGAUCGGCGGCGAGCGCUGGCCGCUGAGCAACCUGAUCCUGGACGCGGCGGCCAGCGUCCUGUACGGGCCGGCGGUGGGCAUCAUGGCGUACAAGACGCAGAAGAACGCCUUCUGCAACCUGGAGCAGUACAAGCACGCGUGCCACUACAAGGCCUACCUCACCGCCACCGUCUUCGCCGGGCUGACCGCGCUCGCCUACCUGCUGUCCGCCCUCUACCGCGCCGUCACCAAGUGCCGAGGACACACACCCCCCGCCUGACCAGACACCAGGACACACACCCCCCGCCUGACCAGACACCACCUCCGAGGACACACACACCCCCCGCCUGACCAGACACCACCUCCGACUGGACACACACCCCCCGCCUGACCAGACACCACCUCCGACUGGACACACACCCCCCGCCUGACCAGACACCACCUCCGACUGGA